AGAAUCCGCAAAAUCGUCUCCCUCGCGAUUCACCCUAAAACCCUCGCGCUAACGGACACAUCUCUCCGUCUACUCUCCGGUGCCGUAGCUUCCAAUUUUCUUCAACAACAGGCGGUGGCGGUGGGGGCGGCAAUGGCGAGCAGUAGCUGCUGGCGAAUGGCGGGGAUGGAGGCACCACUGCUUAGCUUGGACUCAAUCGAGUGGCGCCAAGUCUCCGUUCCUUCCACAUCUACAUAUACGGCCAACAAUGACAACUCUAUUGUUAAAGACUUCGCCUCUUCCAUCACCGUUGGAAAUCCUCCUUCCUAUUUCAUCUGGAAAAUCAGUAGGAGUCAGGGAAAUGUGCUUGAGAUUGUGCGAAUUUGCAGUCAUAAGGAUACAUCAACUAAUGGCCUUCGCCUUGUAUUUCCAGAAGCUCUUUUUCCAUUUGCUUGCAUCUGCAAAUUAGACGAGACCAAGUAUGCUUCUGGAGAUUGUUUGGUGCUUUAUACUUUGACGAUCUCAGGGGUUGCUUACCUCAUCAGAUUGAGGAGCAAUCUUGACUAUGGAACUUCCUCUUUGGUCCCGGCUAGCGAGGUCCUUGAGUAUAAUACGCAAGUUCACCCUCAUAGUGGGGCAACAACAGCUGUUGCAGCAUCAGAAGGAUGCUUGCUGAUAGGAAGGAGUGAUGGAUCUAUCAGUUGCUUCCAGCUUGACAUACUUGAUCCCAGCACUCCAGUUUUUGUGUCCGAAUUGCGAGAUGACCCUGGCUUUGGUCGGUUGUGGGGCAUAUUGUCAAGGAGCCCUAAUUUGGCUGCUGUCGUGGAUUUAGUGGUAUCAGAGGUACAACAGAGAAAGCUUCUCUUUGUGCUUCAUUCUGAUGGGAGCUUUCGGGUAUGGGACCUUCUAAGCCGUAGUAAAAUUUUCGGUCAUGCCAUGACAGUUCCAGCAAGUACAGGUGCAUUCAUUAGGUUGUGGACGGGAGAAGUAAAUAUAGUCACAGGGGUAAUUCCUUUGGCAUUGCUUCAUGGACAAAAUUUGGAUGUUGCAACAGAAACGAUCUAUCUAUACGGACUUCGACUUAAUGUGCGAGAAAAAACACCAUUGUCAUUGGAGCCUUCAUCAAGAAGAAUCUCACUGGGAGAGGCUGGACCAAUUGAUGUUAAACUUACUUCGGACAAAGUGUUGAUUCUCAAGGAAGAUGGCCUCAUAAUGCAAGAAUUGAAUAGUGAUGACUCCACAGAGGGUUUAGCUCAUUAUUAUACAUUGCAAGAAAAUUUGGUUGCUGACCUGCUAUUUCAGAGUUCUGAACAUUCUUCAGAUGAUCUUCUUUGGCUUGCCUAUUCAGCAUUUUAUUCCGAAAAGAGGUUAAGCAUCCUAAAAUCUGCUAAAGAACUUCAAGUUUGA